CGUCAAUGCCAUAGCCUCAGUGCUCCAAGGGCGCGAUAGAUCCUUGAUCUCGCUCGCACCGUCCAUUCUCUCGGGAGUCCUAUGUCUCGGCUCUCCUAACGUCUGACGCCUCCUCGACGAAACCCAUGGCUCGUCCCAUGGGGUCGGUCCGUCUCAAGAAGACGAACCCGGUGACCCUUGCCGUUGGCGCGGCGCUCUGCAUCUUCAUUAUAUACUUCCUAAUCGGCUCCUCCGCCCCGGACUUCUCAGCUUCUCGAAAGGCCACCGCCGCGUCGCACCCGCUCUCGCCGCCGACCUCGCCCUUCCGCAAACCCACUGGUGGCGGCAAGCCGAAGCCGCCGCCGGUCGCCCGCUACAACCUCAACAAUGUCACCAUCACGCCGAAUCCCCUCGAGAACCGCGAGAACAUCCUGCUGCUGACCCCUAUGGCCCGCUUCUACCCGGAGUACUGGGAUAACCUCCUGCGGCUUUCGUACCCCCACGAACUGAUUACGCUCGGCUUCAUCCUGCCCCGAACGAAAGAGGGCAACGCUGCGACGACGGAGCUGCAGAAGAGGAUCACCAAGACGCAGAAGUACGGGCCGGAGAAGGACAGGUUCAAGAGCAUCAUCAUCCUUCGGGAGGACUUCGAGCCGCCGCUCACGUCGCAGGACGAGGCCGAGCGCCACAAGAUGGCGAACCAGAAGAUACGGCGGGCGGCCAUGGCCCGGUCGCGCAACUCCCUCCUCUUCUCGACCCUGGGCCCCUCGACAUCCUGGGUCCUCUGGCUGGACGCCGACGUGGUCGAGACCCCUCCGGACAUCAUCCAGGACCUCGCCCGCCACGACAAGCCCAUCAUUGUGCCCAAUUGCUUCCAGCGGUUCUGGAACGACGAGAAGAAGGAGAUGGACGAGCGGCCCUACGACUUCAACAACUGGCAGGACAGCCCGACCGCGCUGGACCUUGCCAAGGAGAUGGGUCCGGACGACAUCCUGCUGGAGGGAUACUCGGAGAUGGCGACCUUCCGGGCCCUGAUGGCCUACAUGCACAAGGAAGACGGGCUCCUGCACGAAGAGGUGCCGCUGGACGGCGUCGGCGGCGCGGCACUGCUGGUGAAGGCGGACGUCCACCGCGACGGGGCCAUGUUCCCCCCUUUUGCCUUUUACCACCUGAUUGAGACGGAGGGCUUCGCGAAGAUGGCCAAGAGAUUGGGCUGGCAGCCCAUUGGGCUCCCGAACUACAAGGUAGCGUACCCCCUUGCUCUCACAAUCUGAACCGGAGCCCUCCGUGCUAACCCGCAG